GUUAUUAUGAUGGAUUAUGGAUAUUUGUGGCGUCCUUUUGACUAGUUAUAACUGAAUUACAGAUAUCAAAACUAGUCGAAACGUUUGACUAGUAAGAAUGACGUCGUUGAUAUCGGUAGUGAAUAUGUCGUCGACUCGUAUUGUCAUAGUUAGCUAGCAGUAGGGGUAGCACUAGCCUGUCAUGCUAGCCUGUGAGCAGAGCCGGUAAACUUUAUGUCUUCCUUAUUAAGCAGCGUGGCUACCCAGCUAACAGUUUCUGGAACGUUCUGGGAACGCUAACUUUUAGUUGCAGGAAAGUUCCCUGAAGUUUUGCCCUAGGUUAUCCUGUGGUUGUCAUGGAAAGUUUUCCUAACGUUUUCUAAACGUUCUAUAACUGCUAACUUGGCAGCAUUAGGAAGACCAUCGCUGAUCGCACACUCCUGCCACUUUAACUGUCCUCUGUACCUAAUAAAUUGGCAGGAGGGAGGUGCCAUGGAAAAGCCGUGGUCAGAGAAAGGCAAAACAUGAGGAAAAAACCCCAUCUGAAGGCAUUCCGCAGCUCUGGCGCCCUCGUCUUUUGUCACUCAGUUAUGCAAGAUGCAACAACACCUAUUGUGAGAGAAAAGCCUUAAGCGGAGGUAGAAACUGUGGAAAAAGAAGCAGAGCAGCAGGAAGAGGGGGACAUUUGACAGAUACAAAGAGGGUGCGAUGCAGCAGGAUUUCCCACUGUGCCGAACACAGGACUGUGUGACAGGUCUGUGCAAGCACAGGGGAAGAGGGAGGAGAGAAGGAGAGAAGGAGGGAAGGUAGGAUGGAUGAAGGGGGAGGGGAGGCAAUUCAGCGCAGUGCAAGCUGAGUGGAUGAGUAGCAGCCGCGGCACAGGCACCAGCAUCAGCACCACUAGCUGUAGCAUCUUUCAGUGUGGCUGCUAGAGGCUGUCCUCUGCCUGCAGUAGCAUCAACAUAACCCACAUACACGCACACAUAUCUGGACUGAGGAAUUUCCAUUGCUUGCCUUUUACACACACAUGUCGUGGUGGCCACUAGAGGAGCGCUAGUGAGUGACGGGGGCUUGGGGGACAGCGGGACCAAGGGAGGCGGGAAACAGGGACGACCAGAGGUAGUGUGAGUCAGAGGAGGGCUGGAGCAACGGCGACUGGGGCAGCAGCAGCAGCAGUAGCAGCGGCACCAUGGCGCAAGCCGCCAAGCAGCUCCGCAAGGCCAAGGAUUUCGCGGAGGCCGCCGCCCAGGAGCAGAGGGAGAAGGAGGAGGAAAAGAUAAAAAAGAGGAAUCGAUCCAGAGACCGCAGGCGUAAGGCUGAUGCAUCCACCAGCUUUCUGCGUGCAGCUCGUUCAGGAAACCUGGACAAGGCUCUGGAUCACAUCAAGAAUGGACUCGACAUUAACAUAGCUAAUCAAAAUGGUCUCAACGGGUUGCACUUGGCUUCUAAAGAAGGUCACGUCAAAAUGGUUCUGGAGCUGCUGCACUGUGGCAUUGAGCUGGAAGCCAUCACCAAGAAAGGGAACACUGCUCUCCAUAUUGCAGCGCUUGCAGGCCAGGAUAAAGUGGUGGCUGAGCUUGUCAACUACGGUGCCAACGUUAAUGCCCAGUCACAUAAAGGGUUCAGUCCUCUGUACAUGGCAGCACAGGAGAAUCACUUGGAGGUGGUCAAGUUCCUGCUCGAGAACGGUGCUAAUCAGAGUCUCCCAACUGAGGACGGCUUCACUCCCCUGGCCGUAGCCCUCCAGCAGGGCCACGAAAACGUUGUGGCGCUGCUCAUCAACUAUGGCACCAAGGGCAAGGUUCGCCUCCCCGCGCUGCACAUCGCCGCACGAAACGACGACACGCGCACCGCUGCAGUACUCCUACAGAACGACCCCAAUCCAGAUGUACUCAGCAAGACUGGUUUCACACCUCUCCAUAUUGCAGCCCACUAUGAGAACAUGAGUGUAGCCCAACUGCUGCUGAACAGAGGAGCCAAUGUAAACUUCACACCCAAGAACGGCAUCACGCCCCUUCAUAUCGCUUCCAGGAGGGGCAACAUGAUGAUGGUCAGACUACUGCUGGACAGAGGAGCACAGAUUGAUGCCAAAACAAAGGAUGAGCUGACUCCUCUCCACUGUGCAGCCAGGAAUGGGCACGUUCGUAUUAUCGAGAUCCUGAUGGAACACGGUGCUCCCAUUCAGGCUAAAACCAAGAAUGGUCUGUCCCCCAUCCACAUGGCAGCUCAGGGGGACCACAUGGACUGCGUCAAGCAGCUACUACAAUGCAGCGCUGAGAUUGAUGAUAUCACGUUGGACCAUUUAACCCCGCUUCAUGUAGCAGCCCACUGUGGUCACCAUCGCAUGGCCAAAGUCCUACUGGACAAGGGGGCCAAAGCCAAUGCACGUGCUCUGAACGGCUUCACACCUCUCCAUAUUGCUUGCAAGAAGAACCACAUGCGGUCUAUGGACCUGCUGCUGAAGCACUCUGCCUCCCUAGAAGCUGUCACAGAGUCUGGUCUCACUCCUCUUCAUGUAGCAGCGUUCAUGGGCCAUUUGAAUAUAGUGAAGCACUUGCUUCAAAGAGGGGCUUCACCUAAUGCUUCCAAUGUGAAAGUGGAGACUCCUCUCCACAUGGCCUCCAGAGCUGGACACUGUGAAGUUGCUCAGUUCUUGCUGCAGAAUUCAGCACAAGUAGAUGCCAAGGCUAAGGAUGACCAGACACCUCUACACUGUGCUGCUCGUAUGGGCCACAAGGAGCUUGUCAAGCUGCUCAUAGAGCACAAGGCCAACCCUGAUUCUUCAACAACUGCUGGCCACACGCCCUUACACAUUGCUGCACGUGAGGGACAUGUACACACCAUUCGAAUGUUGCUGGACGCUGGGGCACAGCAGAUCAAGAUGACGAAGAAAGGCUUCACUCCCCUCCAUGUGGCCUCUAAAUAUGGAAAGGUAGACGUAGCAGAGCUACUUUUGGAAAGAGGAGCUAAUCCAAAUGCAGCUGGGAAGAAUGGUCUGGCACCUCUUCAUGUGGCCGUCCAUCACAACAACCUGGAUGUUGUUAGACUUCUGGUCAGCAAGGGAGGAUCUGCACACAGCACAGCUCGAAAUGGUUACACUCCCCUGCACAUAGCAGCCAAGCAGAACCAGAUGGAAGUGGCCAGUUGUCUACUGCAGAAUGGGGCUUCACCCAAUUCGGAGUCCCUCCAAGGCAUCUCACCCCUGCACCUGGCUUCACAGGAGGGACGGCCUGACAUGGUGGCUCUGCUCAUCUCCAAACAGGCCAACGUAAAUCUGGGAAACAAGAGUGGACUGACCCCUCUGCAUCUUGUAGCUCAGGAGGGUCAUGUGGGCAUCGCUGACACACUGGUCAAGCAGGGAGCCUCUGUAUAUGCUGCUUCAAGGAUGGGUUACACACCCCUUCAUGUGGCCUGUCACUAUGGCAACAUCAAGAUGGUAAAGUUCCUUCUGCAGCAGCAGGCUCAUGUGGACAGCAAGACAAGGAUGGGCUAUACCCCUCUCCACCAGGCGGCUCAGCAGGGCCAUACUGAUAUUGUCACCCUGCUCUUGAAACAUGGUGCCCAGCCCAAUGAGAUCACAUCGAAUGGGACGUCUCCUCUCGGCAUUGCAAAGCGGCUGGGUUACAUCUCGGUCAUUGACGUGCUGAAGCUGGUUACCGAGGAGUCUGUUUCCACGAUCACUACAGAGAAGCAUCGCAUGAGUUUCCCUGAGACAGUGGAUGAGAUUUUGGAUGUUUCAGAGGAUGAAGGGGUUGCCCAGCUAACGUUAGGUGACGAGUUGCUCGGGAUGGAUGGAGCACGCUACUUGAAGCUUGACGACUUCAAGGAUCAGGAUGAUGACUUCCUGUCCCCCAAGAAGACUCUAAGAGACUUUGAGGGUGGCAUGGGUACCACGCCGUAUUCUCCUGCUAUUCCCAGGAUUCCUUGUGUGUCCCCAGAAACAGUUCUCUUAGAUCAGCACACCCCCAUCCCUCUGUCAAAGGAGUAUGAUGAAGACUCUCUUAUCCCAAGCAGUCCUGCUACAGAGACUUCAGAUAAUGUCAGCCCCGUGGCCAGCCCUAUUCACACCGGCUUCCUGGUGAGCUUCAUGGUGGACGCUCGAGGAGGCUCCAUGCGUGGCAGCAGACACCACGGUCUCCGGGUCAUCAUUCCUCCUCGCACCUGCGCUGCGCCCACACGCAUCACUUGCCGCCUGGUCAAACCGCAGAAACUGACCACACCUCCUCCACUGGUGGAAGGGGAGGGGCUUGCUUCCCGUAUCAUCUCUCUGGGGCCUUCCAGUAUGCAGUUUCUUGGGCCAGUAAUCGUGGAAAUCCCUCACUUUGCCUCAAUGGGCCGAGGGGACCGAGAGCUUGUGGUCCUCCGCAGCGAAAACGGCUCCGUUUGGAAGGAACAUCGCAAUCGCUAUGGCGACGAAGUGUUGGAAACUAUCCUGAAUGGCAUGGAUGAAGACCUGGAGAGUCAUGAUGAGCUGGAGAAGAAGAGAAUCCGUCGCAUCAUCUCCACUGACUUCCCACUCUACUUUGCCGUGGUUUCCCGCAUUCAGCAGGAGAGUGACCUGAUCGGUCCGGAGGGUGGCCGACUGAGCUGCACACUGGUGCCACACGUCGAGGCCAUCUUCCCCGAGACGGCCGUCACCAAAAGAGUGAGACUGGGACUGCAGGCACAGCCAAUCCCUGAUGAACUGCUGACACGACAGCUUGGAAACCAGGCGACCUUCAGCCCAGUGGUCACCAUCGAACCACGCCGACGCAAAUUCCACCGUCCAAUCGGACUGCGCAUCCCAUUGCCACCAUCAUGGAAGGAGAGUCCCAGGGAUGCCGGGGAGGGUGAUACCACCAGCUUACGCCUCCUGUGCAGUGUCAUUGGUGGAACAGCACCAGCUCAGUGGGAGGACAUCACUGGAACCACAAAGCUGAUGUACGCCAAUAACUGUGCGAGCUUUACCACUAAUGUGUCUGCAAGAUUCUGGCUGGCAGACUGUCCCCGCACAGCAGAGGUUGUGACCUUUGCCAACUUGCUGUACCGGGAGUUAAUGGCUGUGCCAUAUAUGGCCAAGUUUGUUAUUUUCGCCAAGAUGAAUGAAGCCCGCGAAGGACGCUUGCGUUGUUAUUGCAUGACAGACGACAAGAUGGACAAGACGCUGGAGCUGCACGAAAACUUCACUGAAGUGGCUCGCAGUCGAGAUAUCGAGCUGUUGGAGGGCAUGCCGCUGCACCUGGAGUGUUCUGGGAACCUUGUGCCCAUCAGGAAGGCCACGCAACAGCCGCGCAGCUUCAGCUUCCAGGCCUUCAGAGAUAACAGACUGCCUGUCUCUGUCAAGGUCAGAGAUAGCAACAAAGAUACCACUGGCUUUUUAUCCUUUCUGAGGAAGUGCACCAAGUAUGAGGACACACAGCACGUCCUGUGUAACCUUAACAUAGCAAUGCCACCUUGUGUCAAGGUUGCUGGAAGUGAGGAGCGCAGAAGAACUUUAACCCCUCUUGCCCUGAGAGAGCGCUACAGCGCUCUGAACGAGUCUGGAGGAGCCACAGUUAAUGCCAUGGAGAGGACAGAGAUCAAAAUUAACAUCAUAUCUGAACAGCUGGGUUUGAGUUGGGCAGAGUUGGCACGAGAGCUUCACUUUGGUGUGGACGACAUCAACAGGAUCCGUGUGGAAAAUCCCAACUCUCUGCUGGACCAGAGCUCUGCCCUGCUCAACCUGUGGGUGAGCAGAGAAGGCAAGAGGGCCAAGAUGGAGAGUCUUUACGCCGCACUGAGGAACAUCGACCGCGCGGACAUCGUGAAGUCUCUUGAGGGUCAGGCUCCGCAGCCAGCACCCGGUUCUUUAGAGGAGGGAGCAUGUCGACUCAGCAACCGUGACUCCACGCUGCUGUCACCGAGUGUCAUCAAUGGUUACGGGCUGGUGCAGGAGGAGCUUCUGUCCCCGGCCUCCAUGCAGUACAGCUUGCCCUCUCCUCUGGGCGCGGAGCCGUACUGGCAGGAAGUGUCCAGCCUCGAGUGUGCGCCCAUUGCCACCACAGAGGAAGACACGUUAAUGGAGAUGUCAGAUGUUCAGGUGUGGCCAGCAGGGGUCAGUCCCUCGCUGGUUACAGUGGAGGACUCGUCACUAGAUGGCAGCAGUCGGGCCGACGACUCGGAGGGCGCCACGCUCUCCCUCCCCUACAGCUUGGGUCGCCCGAGCAGCGGAGCCAGCGGGGCCAGCGGCUCCAUCAUGGAGCUGGAGGAGGAAGAGGAGGAUGAGGAGGAGGAAGGAGAGGUUGAGGAUGAGGAGGCGCCACAGGAGCUGGUGUGUGCACUGGCAGAAAGGGACAGGGUGAGGGCAAGUGGCGCUGUCCCAAAGGUCAACCUGAAUGGCCAGCUGGGAGGUCAGAGGUUGGAUGGGAGGAGAGGGGACGCCUUUGCGGCAGGAGGAGGAGGAGCAAAAGGAGGAGGUGAAAGGCUGGGUUCAGUGGAAGGGAUUUCUGUUGUUGCAGGCCAGCAGGUGUAUGCCCAGCGGUGUGAGGUGUCAGGGCUGAGUCGGGCCACAGAACACAACGGAGACAACCGGGUGGUGGGAAGUGGAGCAUUUCAACCCUAUCUACCUGACAAGGACUCCCUGCAGAGCUGGGUCGGCUCUGUGUCACCAGGACGUGACGCCGGCGGGCAGGGCCUGCGCGUGGCUCAGGAGGCGCUACUGACUCCGGUGUGUGACACGGGUUACUUUCAUGUGCUGCAUGGACACACACAGCCCUUUGGCAGGGGGCUGGGCUUCUCUCACCAGGAGGCGGGCCAACAUACUUGGGAGCAGAGGCAGAGGCUGGUCCAGAGAGGGGAGAAGGAGGACUAUGCUGCUGCUGAGACACCGUUUGCUGAUGAACAUGGAACCACGCUCGCUAGAAGGGACAGGAAAGCCACUGCCAAAACAUCCUCAUCAAAAACACAACCAGACCGCAGACGAAAAUGAGCAACAGAGAGGAGAGAAAGACUCCGACAGAGACUAAAAAAAGUGCAAACUACAAAAACAACAAACACAAGAAUCAUCCUCAACCUGUGACCGUACAGAAUCACAAAAGAAAAAAAGGAGGGGGAGGAAAAAAGAGGAGUUCAACGUGUAGUUUUAUAAGAUUUGUAAAGAAAAAUGUCGACUAGACUAAGGCAUGAUUUUUUUCUACAAAAAAAACAAAACAAAACAUAAAUGUCAGUAAAAAUAACCAAGAAGAAAAAAAAAAGCAACAAAAAGUGCUUCCUGUGAACUGUAAUCGCAUGAUGACUGCUGGUGCAUGCCCUUUGACUCUUUCAACUGUCAUUAUCUACAAACUGAAGGGGUACAAGGUUCGGUGACUGACUCACGUGUGGCUCAUGGGCCGUUUUCAGGACCUAAUUCCCGUCCAAGUGGAGUGGAUUGUGUCAGCGAGUUGAGUCCCGUAAACACAACAGCCAAAAAAAAAAAAGAGUCCCUCAACGGAUGGAUCUGUAUACAGUUACGCCUCUGCUGAGCCUUCCAAACGCUUCUCUCACUGGACCCUUUCCCCUGUUACUCUCUGUGUGAUAUAUGCACUCUAUGCUAUGUGUCAGAUUGUGUAUGUGUGCGUAUGUGUGCGUGUUUUCUUCUCUAACCGCAUGUGUUUCUUGCUUCUGAUGUGGCGCUGAGCCCCGCCCCCCAUGAUUGGCUUAUUUGGCCCUGUGAUGUCACGGCGCAAUCAGCGCCGGAGUGAGAAAAGCCGCUGUGCUUCCUCCACUCGUGAGUGUUCUCGUCUGUGUGUCCUUUUUGGUUCUCUUUUGUCGAAACAACGCUCGCUUUCUUGGUAAAUCCUUUUUCUUUCUUCA